AUGAAAUUGUUGCAUACUAUUGAUACUAGUCCUAACCCAAAUGGUGAUUAUUUGCUAGCCUAUCCUUCUCCAAUUCCAUCACCAUCAUCACCUUUUUCCAAUCAUAGUACACAACAUACGGCGCCAUCUGGUGACGUCUUGAUCUUUGACGCAUUAUCAUUGCAAGUUGUCAAUGUUGUCCAAGCGCAUAAAAGCCCAGUAGCUUACGUAGCCAUUAACUCUGAAGGAACGUUUGGACCUAAUAGUAACGCAAAUGCGAAUAAUGGUGCCACUAAUGGUGCAGGUGGUGUUGCGAAUUCUCUCACUCGUCACUCUAUUGGGCCUGCGACAAUAGGAGGAUUUGAGGCUUUCAUUGAUGGGAAGAAAAAGACUGGGUCUGUCGGUGCCAUACGACGUCAAUCUCUUCACCUUGGGCGUACUGUAGCUGGUAGUGUCGGUAAUUAUCUUCCAGAUGCUCUUACGGAAAUGUGGGAACCAACUCGCGAUUUCGCUUACUUGAAAUUACCUAGUUCUGGAGUCCAAAGUGUAGUUGCAUUAAGCAAGUAG